GCAGUGCGGCCGCACCUGAGCGGUGCGCCUGCGUCCUACCCGCCAGACCCUCCCCCGUACUGCGUCGUCGUCCCCGCCCCGCCACAACUGGGGACGGCGGGGCGUCGCCCCCUCCUCGCUGAGGGAGCAUCGAUCGGCUCCCCAGCCCCACCCCGCACGCACAGACCCGCCGCCGCGCCGGCGCCGCUCCCGCCCGGCCGGUCAGCGCCGCCAGGCCUCGCCGCCGGCUCCCAGCGUGCACCGCGGCGGGCGCUCGCAGGGAGCCGGCGAGAUGCGCCGGGCGGGCGGCGCCCACUGACCUGGCUCGGCCCCCGCCCAUGGGCCGCGGGCCCCCGCCGCCGCCCGCCCGCCGGGAGGACCGCGCCGAGCCGGGAGCCGCCUGAGGAGGGACCGGACGGCCGCCGCGCCGCAGGUCACCUGGAUGUCAGCAUGGCCACCACGAACCUGGAGAACCAGCUGCACAGUGCACAGAAGAACCUGCUGUUCCUGCAGCGGGAGCACGCCAGCACGCUCAGGGGGCUGCAUGCUGAGAUCAGGCGGCUGCAGCAGCACUGCACAGAUUUAACAUACGAGCUGACACUCAAGAGCUGUGAACAGCCAGGGGACGCGGCCUCCCGGAGCGCCGAGCUGCAGCGGCGCUGCGAAGAGCUGGAGGCCCAGCUGCGCGCCAAGGAGGGCGAGAACGGCGAGCUGCUGCGCGAGCUGGAGCAGAAGAACGCGGUGAUCGCCGUGCUGGAGAACACGGUGCGCGAGCGCGAGCGCAAGUACCUGGAGGAGCUCAAGGUGAAGAGCCACCGGCUGAGCCUGCUGUCGGGCGAGCUGGAGCAGCGCGCCGGCACAGUGGCCUACCUCACGGCGCAGCUGCACGCCGCCAAGAAGAAGCUGCUGGGCGCCGGCGGGCCCGCGGACGCCAGCCCGGCCGGGGGGCCCGCGCUGGCCAGCUACAAGCCGGCGCCGCCCAAGGACAAGCUGCCCGAGACGCCGCGCCGCCGCAUGAAGAAGAGCCUGUCAGCCCCGCUGCACCCCGAGUUCGAGGAGGUCUACAGGUUCGGGGCCGAGAGCCGCAAGCUGCUGCUGCGCGAGCCCGUGGACGCCAUGCCCGAUCCCACCCCGUUCCUGCUGGCCCGCGAGGCGGCUGAGGUCCAGCUGGUCAAGGAGCGGCCGCUUGUCAUCCCACCCAUCGCCUCGGACCGCGCGGGGGCUUCGGGUGGCCAGCUCAGCCCUGCGCGCGAAAAGCCACACCGCGCACACGUGGGCGUGGCGCACCGCAUCCGCCACGCCAGCCCGCCACAGGGGCCGCCCGAGGUGGAGACGCUGCUGGUGGACCAGGUGAACGCAGGCAAGGUGGCCCGGAAGCACUCAGGGGCGGACAGAACUGUGUGACGCGCACCGCAGCUGUCCACGCACUGUGACCCGCGGAGCCUCGCCCACGCCGUCCCGUGCAUGCCGAGCUGUGUUCUCGCCCGCCCGCCGCUCCUUGCCCCGCUGCAAACACGCAUCUGCCACCACCGCCACCGCGCUGACCUCCUGCGUGUCCGUCCAUCGCAGCUCUCGGGGCGGGUGGCCCCCCAGCACUGUCUGCCUGCCCGCGCCUCACGGAUCGAAGAAAGACAGCGCCUAAGCCUGAACGUGUCUUCAUAGCUUUUUGUUAGGUUCAUCCAAAUGUUCAAGAUCCCAACAAACUUUAUUUUCUAAACCUG